CCCAUGGGGAGGUGUCCCGGGGCGGGGGACGGACGGACGGGACGGGACUCCGCCUUUUCCCGGUCCUCCGCCGGCUCCCCGCAGGUUUCCAGCCGUGCCUUUCGACUUCCACGAUGGAUGAGACCCCAGACGAGCCUCCCACUUCCGCUGUCAUCUUAGACAACUGCCACUUCUCCCAGGUCAUCUUUAACAAUGUGGAGAAGUUUUAUGUUCCCGGAGGAGAUGUAAACUGUCAUUAUACCCUUACCCAGAACAUCGUUCCUCGUGGGAAGGACUGGGUGGGCAUCUUCCGGGUGGGAUGGAAAACAACCCGGGAUUAUUACACAUUCAUGUGGGCUCCUCUGCCCAGCGGCACUCCCAGCAAUACAGCCGUGCAGCAACAGAUCCAGUUCAAAGCUUACUACCUACCGAAAGAUGAUGAAUACUACCAGUUCUGCUACAUCGACCAGGAUGGCAUGAUCCGGGGAGCCAGUGUGCCUUUCCAGUUCAGAGCAGACACUGAGGAUGAUAUCCUGGUGGUUACCACAGAGGGAGAAGUGGAGGAGAUUGAACUACGAAACAAAAAUUUGUGUAAAGAAAACGAGGAGCUGAAAGCAAGCUGUGCGAGUCUCCAGAAACAAAACACCGAUCUGCAGGAAGAGCUCAGCAAGACACAGGAGCUGCAGAACAGCUUAGAGACUCUGAGGAGCAACACAGAGAAGCUGGAGCUGGAGCUGAAUUCCCUCAAAAAGGAGAACAAACGUCUCAAGGAGCUGGAUGACUGCAGAGGGGCAGAACUGCAACGACUCAAAGAGCAAAUUAAGAAUGUGACCGUUGACAAGGAGAGCCUGGAAACCAGACUGAAAACAGCCCUGGAUCACUUGGAUCAGCUGCAGGUUCAAGUGUUGAUUCAUCAGAAGGAAGUGGAAAGCCUGUCUCGUACGGACUGUGAAAAGACAGAGCAGCUUGAAAAUUUAAAGGAAGAGAACCGCCAGUUACGCAUGAGUAGAACUCAACAGGAGCUGCAGAACAGCUUAGAGACUCUGAGGAGCAACACAGAGAAGCUGGAGCUGGAGCUGAAUUCCCUCAAAAAGGAGAACAAACGUCUCAAGGAGCUGGAUGACUGCAGAGGGGCAGAACUGCAACGACUCAAAGAGCAAAUUAAGAAUGUGACCGUUGACAAGGAGAGCCUGGAAACCAGACUGAAAACAGCCCUGGAUCACUUGGAUCAGCUGCAGGUUCAAGUGUUGAUUUAUCAGAAGGAAGUGGAAAGCCUGUCUCGUACGGACUGUGAAAAGACAGAGCAGCUUGAAAAUUUAAAGGAAGAGAACCGCCAGUUACGCAUGAGUAGAACUCAACAGAAACUAAGGGAAGAGAACGACGAACUCCUGAGGCACCUCUCGCAGACUAGAGAAGUUUCUGCCUUCUCUGUUGCUUCAGAAGCUCAAGCUCCAAUUCCAGCUCCUGAAGUAGAAGGCCUUCUGUUUGGAAAUCCAUAUUGUGUUGCAGGAGCAAACCUGGGGGCAGGAGCUGCAGACGUAGCUUCUAUAAGGAAAUGCCCCAUGUGCGAUGAAGUAUUUCCCGAAGAUAUUGAAACAAGUCAGUAUGAGGCCCAUGUGCGUAGCCAUCUUCUGGAGUGCCCACUCUGCAGUGAGGCCUUUGAAAAGUCCAAAAAGCAGGUGUUUGAUGACCAUAUUCUUUGUCAUGGCCUGGAAUAGUUCUGAAUUCAUAUCUGCUCUGUAGAAUAGGUGGCAGAGGCCGCAGUUUAGAAUAGACCAAAAUCACUGUAUAGGCUUGAUUCACGCUAAGAAGAUUGCCCAGACAAGACUGACCAUGCCACUAGUAGCAUCUUUUGGAGCUUUCUGUUCCAUGCAGUACACAACCAACACAGAACUCGGUCAGACGUCCACAUCCCGAAACUGAAUCACCGUCAUCAAACUUAAGUCCUCUGUCUUGGAUCAAGUAUAAAUGCUUGUUAAAAUCCUGUCAUUUGUAAUGACAAAUCCUGUCAUUAGUAAUUUAGUUGAAUGUGGUACCAGCUCUUUAGAAGAGGGUUAGCCACAGAACUGCUCAUCCAGGUAGGGAUCCAGGGGAUGGGAUGUUGUACAGCAGUUUUCUGCACUUGGCUGACACAUCUCUAUUAUAAUGGCUUUUUUCUUUAAUAUAGCACUGUGAUUGCUAACCAAAGACCGGAAACAUGUUGUAAUCUUUUAGGAUCGCACCUUCAGUCCUGCUCAGCUUCUGGAAUGCAGAAUUAAUUAUUAAUAGUAAAAAAGUCUAAAUAAAAAUAUAUCUCUUCUGUCACCGUCAGUCAUAAAGCAAGUGAGAGAGACCUGUAUAUAAAGAGACCGAAUAUCUGCUUGCAGAUCUGAAGGCCUCCUUCCAGCAGAGCAGGCAGCAUGGUUUAUUCUAGGGUGAGGCACAUGCACCGUUUCUCCAACCCUCUCGUGAUGGGGAAAACCUGACAUUUCUGAAACAGGGAAGGUUGGCGUGGCGUGGAGCCCACAGGGGAGCGGUAGCUGAGUUGUCUUGGCAGCACAGAGGAUAAACAGUCUUUCAGACAGAAACUGGGCAUCCUCAUUUAAAGGAAAUUAUUAAUUUAGAUUAUUUCCCUUUUAUGUUUCUAAAACUUCUUGAUUUAACAAGAAGAGCCUGAUCUCAAACCAAAACAUUGUGAUUCAAAACUAAGUGCCUUGGGAUAUUACAAUGCUUUGUGUGCAGAUUAUCCAGUUACUACUAUUAUUUCUGCUUCCGGAUUUUCAGUUUACAAUUAACAGCUCUUUUUUCCAUGCAAACAGAAAUGGGGAAAGGUUUAUUAUCCGGCUGUCUUAGACUGUGUUUCCUACUGAAUAUCUGAAGCAAUAGCAAAUCCUAAGACAUUUACAUAGAGUUUUAAGAAUAUUUAGAGUAACAAGGACUUCAAAAUGUUUUACUGUUUUGAUUCUACACAAACCUUUUAUCAAUCUAGGUUUAAACAGAAUAUUUCUGUCUUGAGAUGUACUAUACUGGUAAGCGUUAUUUAAAAACCUGUAAAAGAAACUAAUGGCAAACAAAAAUAAAAGCUAUACGGAGAAAAUCUUUGAAAAA